GGAAGUGCGCGGCCUUUUAGAGCGAGCAUAAUUUUUCUUCUCGACUCACUUUGAGCUGAAUAUGCGUCAAGAUGCAGGACGCAGAGAUGAUUUACGAUGACGUCACGCCCGGUCCGUCCAAGGCCGAGGACGAAGGCGAGAAGGUCACGACGAUCAGGUUGCCCACGAGGGUCGUCAAGAAAAAGGAGCAGGGGUGUUCGACCCCAGCGGUGGCCAUCGCCCUCAGCAUCGUCUUCACCAUUUUCAGCUUCGGCCUCCUCAACUACUUCCUCCUCUCAACCAAUAUGUGCAAUGUACACGAGAUUUCUGCAAUGCAAAAGCAGAUUUUAGAUUGGAGCAGCCAGAUUAUCCAGAAUCAAGCGCUUCACGCGGAAUAUCGGAAGCAAAUCGAUUCAGCAAAUGAGCGCCUGAAACAGCUGGAACGAGUGGUCAAUUUUUUUGGGCUGAAUAUUUCCCAAUUCAUAUCUCCAGUCAACUGCAGCCUCGCACGUUCCCAGUUAACAAAUUUAAAGGAAUUGUCCAACGGCAAGAAAUAUUUCUUUUCCGACUCAAGUAAAGUGAAUUGGACUUCGGCCAACAAGAAGUGCAAGGGGAUGGGUCUUCACCUGGCCACCCUCACGGACAAAGCCGAUCUGGACACGAUCCACGCAGAAGCAAUUAAAACUAUUAAAAGGCAGAAUGAAUUUUGGUGGUUGUCUGCAAAGAAUUAUGGAAUCGGAGACAGGUUGAACUUCCAUUGGCACGACGGCUCAGAGCUGCAGGAAAGCAGCACCCUGUGGAGGGAUGAGGCGGAUAAACUCAAGGGCUGCGUCUAUUUCUGGUCUGGAAACGAAAAAAAAUUGAACGGCUUGAAUUGCAAUGAAAAUCGGUAUUUCAUCUGCGAGCUGCCAAAAGAUUGUUACUGAAAGAAGUCACAUAAAAAAGCCAUACACUUUUGAUAGAAGGGAAAAUAAUUUUUGCUAUAAUAUUCUUAUUAAUAGUUUAUGAAAUUUCUUUUAUUACUAGGAACUAGCCUGUUAAAAAUGUUUUAAAAUAAACUGAUAAAAUUCAAGUACGACACUUUUAUAAAUUAUUAAAUUCAGGAAUGG